CUACUUACUUGGCUGGGAUUCUGACGGCGAUGAACAAGGUCAGUCGAAUGAAGAAGAAGAAAAAAGUGAUCGGGGUCCGUCAUGGCCCAUGCUCAUUCGGAAUUCACGGUGCAUUCCUCUACAUAGCCUAUAAAGACCUCAGUGUCCCCUCAUUCUUCAGCUCAGACCACUUGAACACAGCUCCAUCAAAUCUCUUUAUUUUGUACCACUAUCCCUCGCUGCAAGAGGCACAGCUUUUCCGUACCACAAACCAAUCCACACAUGCAAAAGAAUAAGACGACGAUGUCACUCCAGUCAAGACUCGCAUUCAUCGGCGGCGGCAACAUGGCCGAGGCUAUCCUUGGCGGCCUCCUCGCCUGCGGCUAUCCACUCUCUCAAUGCGUCGUUUCCGAACCCCUCCCAGCCCGGUGUGAAUUCCUCCGCUCCAAAUACCCCGGCCUCCAAGUUCUCUCGGGCCCACAAGCAAACCAGCUCGCCGUCAAUGGCUCUCUCUCUCCCUCCAAAACCGCCGCCUUGAUCACUGAAGGUUCUGUACAUGUCAAUCCCACCGCUGCCUCUACACACUUUACUCCCGCCGAAGUCGUUAUUCUCGCUGUCAAACCCCAGGUCCUCAAGAACGUCGUUAUGGAUCUGAGCCCCGUCCUGCAGACGCGCCAACCACUUGUUAUCUCUAUCGCUGCAGGCAUCGAAACCGGCGCUAUUGCGAGGUUCAUGACUGAAGGCACUCGCUUCCAGCCCCGGGACAUGCCUCCGGUGAUCAGGGCUAUGCCCAAUACCCCCUCGCUCGUGAACGAGGGUGCAGCAGGAUUGUACGCGACCUCAGACGCGACGCCUGCUCAGCGCCAGGUUGCUGAAUCCCUGAUGGCCGCGGUCUCGAAACAAGUUUCCUGGGUCGAGAGCGAGAGUUUGAUCGACACAGUCACAGGAAUCUCUGGAUCCGGACCUGCGUAUUUCUUCCUGAUGAUGGAAGCCAUGGAGGACGCAGCCGUGAAAUUGGGCAUGGACCGUGAGACAGCAAAGGCAUUGACGAUCCAGACAUGUUUGGGCGCAGCCAAGAUGGCACAAUCGAGCAGUGACGAUUUGAAGACGCUGAGGGUCAAGGUCACGUCACCCCACGGGACGACGGACGCGGCGAUCCGGACGUUUGAGAAGGAAGGGUUCAGGGAACUGGUGUUUCAGGGUGUGAAGGCUGCGGACAUGAGGAGUAGGAGUCUGGCGAGGGAAUUAGGCGGCAAGGAUCCUAUGAACAAGUUGUAGACGUCGACACCCAAAACAAACACACAAAUCAUUGUUUUGCAUCCGCAUUACCUCUUUCGUAAUCUGUAAUAUAUAAAAAAAAAAAAACUUGUAUAUCACCC